AUGGACAGAAACGUUGUUGAUGAAACCAAGGACACGUACGGCACGGCCGCAGCCGACCGCAAUGUCGGCGAGACCAUUGACAGCACAAAACACCACCACAAAGGCGGGAUAUCGGGUCGCGUAGACGACAUCCUAAACAAAGCGCUGGGCUUUGGAGGCGCGUCUGAAGCUGCGGAACGUCAGAGCGGAGAAGCGACAGAACGAGGCUUUCGAGAGGAGGGGGAUCAGCAUCACCUGGCGGCGAGCAAGCAAGCUUGA